GUGAUCUUUGACGGCCUAUCUUUAGGACCGGGGGGAAUCCCUGUUCAGUACAGGAGUAUAGUGUUACUUGGCUUGGAGUGCGGAUUUAAAGUUUGUCUCACAGUAACUAUUAACAAGUCCAUUGGGGCAGCAUUGCGGACUGGAGCCAAGCGGGAGAAAUACUCAAGAUCAGAUCAGCGUUCAUUUCAUAAACGAGGUAGCAUAAAACUGAAGAACAACAAACCUUGGGAGACUGCAGUGGAAAACGAACCUAGGAAGUUAAAUAUUUCUGUUUAAUGACCCUACGGUUGUUUUGAAGUUUUAAAAUCUAAUGAAAUUUAAAGUCGUUGCUGUUAAACAAAGACUAGCCCAGUGAAUACACGUAUGUAUGGCGUAUGGACUAUUUUAUUAAUUUGACUUAGAAUAUUUUUGCACCAGUGAGCAAUUAAUACAACUAGGCUACCAACAAAUUGAUACAAAAAAUAACUUUUGAAGUGGUAAAUUAAAUUGUAGGUGUUUGUUCCGUGGGACUUUCAUCUCCUAUACGCGUUACAUUGGAUUCCCUUUCUGGAUCAAGGUACUAUCUACAGGUGCAACAAAACAAAUUAAAAGUCGCUUGUGGCUUUGAUGGCCGUGGUUUUCGGGUGGAGCCAGCGCGAAGUUGAUGAGCCCUCAUGCCGAAGCAGUGGUGAUGGGGAGCGGCAGCUCCAGGUCUACUUCCCUGCGGAAAGUCUGCGCUGAUCACUGCGGCGGGGUUAACUGGCUAAGCCUCAGUCCGGACGGGAGCUACCUGCUCACCUGCAGCGAGGACUGGACCGCCCGCCUGUGGAGCACUUCGGAACAGCAGUGCUGCAUGAUAUUCCAAGGCCAUGAGAACUACAUCACUUCCUGCCACCUGGAGAACGAUGCUGCGUACACGUGCAGCGCGGACCACAGCGUCCGGAGAUGGGACCUGACGACAGGGGGCUGCACGGCUCUCUUCAAGGGACACUCCUCCAUCGUCAACAAAGUCCUGGUGACCCGAGGCUGUCUGUUCAGUGCUUCCUACGACCGCACCGCGCGGUGCUGGAGCGUGGAGACGGGCAGGCAGCUCCAGGAAUUCCGUGGACACCGCAACUGUGUGCUCGCUCUCGCCCACUUCUCCUCCCAGGACCUCCUUCCCGAGCAGGUCAGAGACUUCCUGGUCACAGGCAGCACUGACUGCACCCUCAAACUCUGGCUCGUGUCCGACGGGCGCUGCUACCGGACUCUGCGUGGGCACAGCGGGGCCAUCCUCUGUCUGGCACUGGACACAGCAAACAAGGCACUGUUCUCCGGGAGUACGGACUGCACUGUGCGCAGAUGGGACCUCGCUACUGGAGAACAGACCAAGGUCUUUCGAGAGCAUCAGGGCUCUAUCAUAUGCUUGGAGAUACCUGAUGAAAAGAUAGGAGGAGAUUUGUGUGCCACUAUAGCCCUUCAUCCACCCUGUUGCAGUGAGGAGGCAAUACUUGUUAGUCAGCAAUUGUACUCUGGGAGUGCAGACCGAACAGUCAAGUGCUGGCUGCUGGAUUCAGGGAAGUGUGUUCGGACCUACAAGUCUCAUAAGCGCACUGUCAGUGCAAUCAGAUACCACAGUGGACUAUUAUUUACAGGAAGCGGUGAUGCCUGUGCCAGAGCCUUUGAUACCAAAUCAGGGGUCUUAAGAAGAGUGUUUAGGGGGCACACCUUCAUCAUUAAUUGUAUACAGAUUCACAACCAGCUGCUCUACACCGUCUCCCACGAUGGUACUUUACGAGUCUGGGAUGUGUGCAGUGUUUUAGAGCAGGACAAGGAAACCCCAAGAAAGAAUUCCCAGAAAGGCAGCCUAACCAGGUUGUGCAACAACAAGGUGGACUGCAUGUGGGGCUCCCAGGCCCAGAGGACAGAGCGGAGCUCCCAGGCUGAGAGAGAACUCCGAGAACAAGAGAGCAUCGAGCUCGUCUGACAGCAGCCCCGAGGACAGAGCGGAGCUCCCAGGCUGAGAGAGAACGAGAGGGCAUCGAGGACAGAGUGGAACUCCCAGGCUGAGAGAGAACGAGAGGGCAUCGAGGACAGAGUGGAACUCCCAGGCUGAGAGAGAACGAGAGGGCAUCGAGGACAGAGUGGAGCUCCCAGGCUGAGAGUGAACGAGGGCAUCAAGCUCGUCUGACAGCAGCCCGGAGGACAGAGCGGAGCUCCCAGGCUGAGGGAGAACGAGAGGGCAUCGAGGACAGCAGAGCUCCCAGGCUGAGAGAGAACGAGAGGGCAUCGAGGACAGAGCAGAGCUCCCAGGCUGAGCGUGAAUGAGGGCAUCAAGCUCGUCUGACAGCAGCCCGGAGGACAGAGCGGAGCUCCCAGGCUGAGAGAGAACGAGAGGGCAUCGAGGACAGAGUGGAGCUCCCAGGCUGAGAGAGAACGAGAGGGCAUCGAGGACAGAGUGGAGCUCCCAGGCUGAGAGAGAACGAGCAUCGAGGACAGAGUGGAGCUCCCAGGCUGAGAGAGAACAAGAGGGCAUCGAGGACAGAACGGAGCUCCCAGGCUGAGAGUGAAUGAGAACGAGAGAGCAUCAAGGACAGAGGGGAGCUCCCAGGCUGAAGAGAACGAGAGGGCAUCAAGGACAGAGUGGAGUUCCCAGGCUGAGAGAGAACGAGAGGACAGAGUGGAGCUCCCAGGCUGAGAGAGAACAAGAGGGCAUCAAGGACAGAGGGGAGCUCCCAGGCUGAGCGUGAACGAGAGGGCAUCGAGGACAGAGCAGAGCUCCCAGGCUGAGAGUGAACGAGGGCAUCAAGCUCGUCUGACAGCAGCCCGGAGGACAGAGCGGAGCUCCCAGGCUGAGAGAGAACGAGAGGGCAUCAAGGACAGAGCGGAGCUCCCAGGCUGAGAGUGACCGAGAACGAGAGGGCAUCGAGCUCUUCUGACAGCUGCCCCAAAGACAUGUCUCUAUGGAAGACUUUCAUAAAUUUUAUUGUACUAAAUAAUUAUUAUAUAAAAAGUUUUAUUUUAAAUACAA